CCAUCAUUCCGGAUAUACUGUAGCCUAUGCGGAGGAAAAUGGCCCGCAUAACAAUCAAACAGGAUAUAAAGAAGUGCCUGAAGGAUCUGUGUGGCUCUGACUUUCUUACGUUUUGUCACGAGCUGCACGACAGCAAAGAAGAGGUCAGCCUCAGUGAUGUGGAGAAUAAAAGUAUAUUGCAGAUCACAAACCUUCUGGUUUCAAUCUUCACCGAGCGCAAAGCCUCUGAUGUUGUUGUGGAUAUACUGAAGCAGAUGAACUGCAACGACGAAGCAGAGAAACUGCAUGCAAAAACCAGAGUCUGUGUGGAUAAAGGUGUCCCCACCUUCCGGAGGACCUCGACCGGGGAGUUGGAGACAAAACUCUCUCAGGAGGCUCUGAACCAUGCGGAUGGCCAGUUGCCCUUAAAAGUUAAUGUGCCCCGAGGUCCUCGUGUGAAGGUGAAGACUCCAGAUGAGGUGGAGGCGGAAGCGAAGGCCCUCGUUCUCUCUGAGGGCGGGGACCCUUCUAAUGAGAGUCUCGUUCUGAGCAGGCAUAAGCUUCAGUUUGGCAAGUACAAAGGUAAAACCUUCCAAUGGCUGUUGGAGAAUAAUGUGGGCUACAUUGCUUACUUAGUGAAUAGCCACCAGAAGGAUGAACGGGACCCAAUGCAUCAGGACUCGCUGAUGACCAACAAGGAUUCCUUGACCCAAUACUAUGAGAGAUCCCUCCAGUCAGACCAAGAAGGACAGGCCCUUGCUGGCUUUGGAAAGUACAAAGAUGAGACACUGCAGGAGCUGUACGAGUCGAAGGACGUCAGCUAUGUCAACUACCUCCGGAGAAUGAAGUCAAAAUGCAACCCAGGGAGCAAAAUGGAAGUUGCUGUCCGAUACAUUUUGAAGCGUGACGAAAUACGGGCUGCGGCUGCAGCUGGCACCAACAGGCCGAAAAACAGCUUCACCCCUCAAGCAGCCAGAAAGACAUAUACCAGAAGAAAAAGGGUCCAAAGCACCAGAGACCAGCGAACCAGUGCCCCAUGGUUCAAAAGGAGGAAGCUGUAAAAGGCGUCUCAUCGGUGACCAUCACUUGUUCUCUUUGGAAGUCAGUGGCCUGUCCUCCUGCGGCACUCACAUACUCGUGGGACAACAACAAUUACGGAGCCAUGAAGAUGUUUCCCCAGUAUGAAUAUCGCAUUAAUUACUUUUGGGGGGUAUUUUUUUCCUAGUACGAAUCAAGGGUCUAAGGACAGGGUUUCAUGCUGAUUGAAGCCCCUUAAGGCACAUUUGAGAUUUAUAACAUUGGGCUUAAAUGAAUAAAAUUGACUUGACUAAUUCCGUAUUUAUCAAGAUUAAUAAAUCCCUCUUUAGCAACUCUUAUGCCGUCACAUUUACAUAAUGCAUUGUUGUUUAAAUGGUAUGAACAGUCAUAAAGACAUUUGUUUAAAGAGCACUUACAGGUCAAACACAUGAAUGUAUCAGGGCCUCAUUAUAACCCGGACACAGCUAAAUGUUCUUAGAGACCUUCAUCUACAUGAAGACCUGAUUGAUUGAUGAUGACCAAAUUUAUUGAACAAUAUUGAUGAAUACCUAUGCUUUAAAAUACUGUGAGUCACAGAAUAUUAUACCCAAUAAAUGCUUUUUUAUUAUGAAAACAAA